GCAGCCUGGGGGAGGCCAGACCCAGGGACACAGAGCCACAACAGAGGCAAGGAGAGACUCGCUCAAAGCCUGAAGCCCGAGGCACACCGACACACACAUCCCGAGGCAGAGAUUCAGAUAAACACACACACAGCCAGAGACAUCCAGAAAUAGAGACUGAGACAUCCAGCCAGACUCCCAGAGACACACAGAGACCAGGAGAGACAGGCACUGACUCUUCUGACUGACUGAGGAAGAGACAGCCACGGAAACACCCAGCUGAAACCUGAAAGACCCUGCCCUUGCCCAGGGAUGCAGGGGCUGAGAUCGCCGUCCCCCCACCCCCACCCCAGCCCUCCGUGGCCUUCAGUGGAGGGGGGUGGCGCAGGGAUAGAUUAAGGAGUCUCGCGACUGUGGGGGCCCCAUCCCCAACCCUUGGCCUUAAUCGCCGGGCUUGGGGAGAGGGCGCGUGGAGGGAUGCCUCCUGGCUGCCCCUCCCCACGCCCUUCCCCUCGGGAUCUCAGACGCUGGGGUUGCGGUCCCUUUAACUCGGCCCUCGGUUGGGGGGGGCUGAGGCAGAGCCACGCGCAGAGACGUCGCGAAGGGGCGGGGGGCGGUGCCGGCGCUGCGCGGGCGCUGGGACUGGGCUCAAAGAGGAGGUUCGGGGCGGGGAGGGGGCGUCACGGAGGGAGGGGGGCCCGGGGGCAGGGGGCCGGGCCUGGCCGGGCGGGGCGGGCGGCCGCAUUACUCACGUUGCUAAUUGCAGGGCGCUGGGAGCCCCCGAUCCGGGUUAGGCGCUCGCCUGUCUGUGGCCCGCUCGGGCUCUGACUCCGGUUCCGGCUCCGAGCCCGGCCUGUCCCCGUCCCGUCUCCAGACCGCCUCCAGCCAACCCGGCCGGUGGCCCCGCAGCCCCCACCCCGGGCCGGCGUCCGAGGCGGCCUCCCCCGGCGCGCCCGGGCCGGGGCUCGGAUGGGCGGCCGCGGGGGCAGCGCGGGGGGCAGCAGCCGGCGCGCCGCCUCCGCCUGGAUCUCGGCCUCAGCUUCCCCUUGCGCCUGGCCCGGCCUCCCCGCACGAUCAGCCGCCGCCGCCGCCGCUUCUGCGGCCUGGACCGGGGCCUGGGCCCCGCUGGCCCCGACAGCCGGAGCCCCCAGGGCCCGGCCUCCGCUCCUGGGGCCGCGGUCGUGGUCCGCCCGGGCUGCGCGCUGAGCCCUAGUCCCUGCCUCCUCUGGCCCCGGCGCCCCCGGGCCCGGGCUCCCCCGACCCGCCCCCCAUGGCGGAGACCAAGAUUAUCUACCACAUGGACGAGGAGGAGACGCCCUACCUGGUCAAGCUGCCCGUGGCCCCCGAGCGGGUCACGCUGGCCGACUUCAAGAGUGUGCUCAGCAACCGGCCAGCCCACUGCUACAAGUUCUUCUUCAAGUCCAUGGACCAGGACUUCGGGGUGGUGAAGGAGGAGAUUUCAGAUGACAAUGCCAAGCUCCCCUGUUUUAAUGGAAGAGUGGUUUCCUGGCUGGUCCUGGCGGAGAACUCCCACUCGGACGCUGGAUCUCAGUGCACUGAGAGCCACACAGACCUGCCUCCGCCUAUUGAACGGACUGGGGGCAUCGGGGACUCCCGGCCACCCUCCUUUCACCCCAACGCUGCCAGCAGCCGAGAUGGGCUGGACAAUGAGACCGGCACGGAGUCUGUGGUCAGCCACCGGCGGGACCGGCACCGGCGGCGGAAUCGGGAGGGCCAUGAAGAUGCCCCUCGGAUCAAUGGACACCCGAAGCUGGAGCGUCGCCGAGAGCCGGGCACUUACGAGAGCGCCUCCACCAUGAUGAGCAGCGAGCUGGAAUCCAGCAGCUUCAUUGACUCUGAGGAUGAAGACACCAGCAGGCUGAGCAGCUCCACUGAGCAGAGCACGUCAUCUCGACUCAUUCGGAAGCAUAAACGUCGGAGGAGAAAACAGCGAAUGCGCCAGAUUGACCGGUCCUCCUCGUUCAGUAGCAUCACUGACUCCACGAUGUCCCUGAACAUCAUCACGGUGACACUCAAUAUGGAGAAGUACAAUUUCCUGGGCAUCAGCAUCGUGGGGCAGAGCAACGACCGGGGCGAUGGCGGCAUCUACAUCGGCUCCAUCAUGAAGGGGGGUGCCGUGGCCGCUGAUGGCCGCAUUGAGCCCGGGGACAUGUUGCUGCAGGUGAAUGAUGUCAACUUUGAGAACAUGAGCAACGACGAUGCAGUCCGGGUCCUGAGGGAGAUCGUGUCCAAGCCGGGCCCCAUCAGCCUCACGGUGGCCAAGUGCUGGGACCCCACCCCCAGGAGCUACUUCACCAUCCCCCGGGCUGACCCGGUGCGGCCCAUCGACCCGGCCGCGUGGCUGUCGCACACGGCGGCGCUGACGGGAACGUUCCCGCGCUACGGUACGAGCCCCUCCAUGAGCACCAUCACAUCUACCAGCUCCUCACUAACAAGCUCUAUUCCUGACGCAGAAAAACUGGAGGAGUCUCCCCUGACGGUGAAGAGUGACAUGGGGGCCAUCGUGAAGGUCAUGCAGCUGCCGGACUCGGGCCUGGAGAUUCGGGACCGGAUGUGGCUGAAAAUCACCAUUUCGAACGCGGUCAUCGGGGCUGAUGUGGUAGACUGGCUGUACACACAUGUGGAGGGCUUCAAAGACCGGCGGGAGGCCCGCAAGUACGCCAGCAGCAUGCUGAAGCACGGCUACCUGCGGCACACCGUGAACAAGAUCACGUUCUCUGAGCAGUGCUACUAUGUCUUCGGGGACUUAUGCAGCAAUCUGGCAGCCCUCAAUCUCAACAAUGGUUCUAGCGGGGCCUCGGAUCAGGACACAUUGGCCCCGCUCCCCCACCCGGCGGCACCGUGGCCUGUAGGGCAGGGCUAUUCCUACCCCUACCCUGUGCCUCCCCCGGGCUUCCCUCCUGCCUACCAGGACCCGGGCUUCAGCUACGGGAGCGGGAGUGCAGGGAGCCAGCAGAGCGAAGGAAGCAGGAGCAGCGGCUCGAACAGGAGCGCCAGCGAGAGCAGCCGGCGGGCACUGGGGCGGGAGAAGGAGCGCCGGACAGGGGCCGGGGGCAGCGGGGGCAGCAGUGAGUCGGAGCAUACGGUGCGCAGUGCAGCGGGCAGCGGGGGUCGGAGGGAGCGCCCGCCCAGCCAGCUCAGCCGAGGCAGCAGCCCCCGUAGCCAGCUCUCAGCUGGUGCCCCUGGUCUGCCCCCACUGCACCCCCUGCCCAAGGCGGGCACCAGGGCACUGGCAACACUCAGUGGUCCCCCUGGGGGCCCACCUGUGCGCGAGCUGGCUGCAGUGCCCCCCGAGCUCACUGGCAGCCGCCAGUCCUUCCAGAAGGCCAUGGGCAACCCUUGUGAAUUCUUCGUGGACAUCAUGUGAUGGGGAAAGUGCCUUCAGCUCUGGGUGCACAUCUGUGGAGGAGAAUUUGAGGGCUUUGGUGAAAAGGACAGUAAUGGUGAUGAGGCCCCCCCUGCCUUGAGGGUUAUGGGAAGUGCCAACCCCCCCUUUCCUCCCACCCCUCCAGCAGGCUUAAGGAGAGCCCCCACAGUACUGUGCCCCUCCAGAGGACAGCACUCAGCCCAGGUCAUCCGAAGCAAUGCGUGAUGGGCCACGGAUUCUCAUGGACUCUGUCUGCUUUCUCUUCUUUGUCUGUCUCAGGCUGAUGUGAAAAGGGUUUGUGAAACACCUGCCCCAAGGGCCCAGCUAGGGCCAAAGGAGGGCCCUAGGGCUGAGGACCCUCUAGAGGCAGUGGGUGGCAUGUGUAGGCUGAUGAGUCAGGUGAUGGGGGAUGGAAUCCCAGGUCUGCACACUUAUGACCCCCCCUCUCUGGGCCUUGAUUCUCUCCCCUAUACAGUUAGGGGCUUGGGUUGGACAGGAGAGUGCUAGGUCCCUUUCAGCCCAGCAUCUUAGGCUCCCCACAGGCUAGGCUGGCUGUCUGGGGCAUUCUUCUCUGCAGAAGAGCUCCCUGGUAGGUGGGAGAGGGGGCAGGGCUGCCCAGCCUGUGGGAACAGAAGGAAUGGGCCAGCUGCUGCUGGUCCCUGUUGUGGUCAGUUCUCCAGGGCCAUCUCUUUGCCUGUGGGUCUCCCAGGGUUCCAUCUUGGUUCAAUCUGGCAUUUGUGUUGGGGGGUGGCAUUGGAAGAAGCUUAGCUCUGUCUGUCUCUGGCACCCUAAGCAGAGAGCAGGAUGACCAUGUUCUUGGCCCCUGGGGAGAGGGUGACCAUCUUAGUCUGUCCUUUGUCCAGCCUCUGCUUGCUGAGGGUCAUUGAUGAAUGAGAAAUGUUCUCCCCGCCCCCUUUCUCCCCCAAGAGAGCUCCUUCUCUCUGGCAAGCCUGUCCAGCCAGCCCUGAACCCCUUCCCUCCGUCUGGAUCCUGCCCCAUUCUUGUGUCCCCUGGGCGUCCCAGUUGAGAAGUCGGAUGGGGCCGUGCCAUCAUUCGUGUCUGGCUGGGCUGCCUGGUGGCUUCAGGGUCAGCAAUGAUGUUGGGGAAGGAGGUGUGGACUCAAAUUCCCUCCCUUUUCUCCAAAUCUGAGCACCUAGUUCUGGGAGUGGAAGGUGGGAAUAGGAUCAUCCCCCCCUCUCCUCCCAUGGUUUGGGGGUGCCCUAACAAUGCUGUUUUAUUUAUUUAUUUAUUGUGCCAGGCCUGGAGGGCAGGUCCCCCACCCCUCUAUCCCUGCCAGGGCCAAGCUGGGCUGUGGCUUUCCUCCCUGCCAAAUCCCCUCCUAUACCCGGCCCUAGUUUCUCUGGAUACCCCAGCCUAGGCCUGUAAGGCGGAGAGGAGAGCCAGGCGGCAGCAGAGAUGGGCUUGGCACCCUUGGCUCAGGCUGCCUUGGUGGGAGCAUCGUCAGUGAAUGGGCCUCUGCCUGCGACUCACCUUUUUGUUGUUUUGUUUGUGUCUGACUGAAUGAGCAUGGUGUGACUUUUCAAGAAGAAAAUGACUCUAACCAGGGAUUGGCAGAAACCCACAUGAGACUGCGCAGGUACAACAGUGGGGAGGGAUAAAGGUGAAUAGUCUGAGUGAUGCGCACAUGGGCCCUUGUCUCUGCAGCGCCCCUUCCCGACCCCCCCUGUUUUCAGGCGUGUCCGGCCUUGGCCCCCUCAGCUGUUCUCAGGGGCACCUUCUCCAGACCCUCACCUGGUCUCAGGUGUGCCCAGCCCGAGGGCCUUGGCUUGUGUGGAAUGCACCGCUUCCUGUCCAGUGUCUUUCGCUUCCACAGGACCUAUUCUGUAGAUAUUGUAUCAAAGCCCGAGUGUCUGUAUAGUUAAUAUAUAGCUGCAUCUGUGUAAAUGCCGCCUCCGUGUAAAUGCUAUUUUAAACACUAAAAAAAAGCUUUUAAUUUUAUGUGA